AUGAUUGAGCCCACAGAGUCCCUUCUUAAAUAUGACACUCCGGUUUCAAUCAGCAAAGGCCGGGUUAGGAAAACAGUAAAGGUGCGCCCAUUUAAAGUGAGCCCGCAACAGCCUGCUGACUCCCCUGUGCCUCCUCCCCCAAAAACUAAAUUAGGGUCACCUGAAGAUGAGGAAAUCCUUAACGUCAUCUUUCCACCCAGGGAGCGGCUGGAGGGCAACCAGCUGUGGGUGCAACGGGUUUCCACUGCGCCGUGUACACGGGCCGAUGUGGUCAACCUGGAGGAAGUGCUGGACAGGAAGUUGCAGCAGAAGCGGGCUUUGGAGACAGGCAUCUGUCCCGUACGCAGGGAGCUGUACUCCCAGUGUUUUGACGAGCUGAUCCGACAGGUGACCAUCAACUGCACUGAGCGGGGCCUCCUGCUACUGCGCGUCCGAGAUGAGAUUCAACUGAGCAUCACGGCUUACCAGAGCCUUUACGAGAGCAGCGUGGUCUUCGGCAUGAGGAAAGCCUUGCAGGCCGAGCAGGACAAGAUGGACAUGCGGCAAACAAUUAGCAAUCUGGAAAAGGAGAAACAGGAUCUGACAAAGCAGUUGAACGAGCAGAAGGCCGAAUGGAUUGCCAACGAGAAAAGGAACGAGGAAAAAUGGGAAGGGCAGGAAAAGAAACACAUGGAGCAAAUUCAGUUUCUAAAGAGGACCAACCAGCAGCUCAAGGCCCAGCUGGAAGGGAUGGUCACACCAAAGAAGUAA